UACAUUCAGCCCAAGGCUGCUUGAAAGGAACCGAGCUACUCUUCUCCCUCAUCUCUCUCCACCGACAGAGUUUAGCAGGCAUGCGAGAACGGGAACAGAGAACCUGAUAUGGAGAGGGCAGAGGAGAGGACCGGCAGCUUCGGAGAAGUCCCGGUACGCAAGAAAAUGUCCCGCACAUGGUGGUGAAAUCAUAAAUGGUAAAAAGACCCCGGAGAACUUAAUGCUGUUUAUGGCCUCAGUGCAGAACAACAUGGGUCAUGUAUGUGGAGGAUUCCUCAUCAGUGAAGACUUUGUGGUCACUGCUGCGCACUGUGACCGCCAGAAUCCUACAAGUGUUGUUCUUGGCACCCACAAUCUCAGGAAGGUUGAUAAUGACACGAUGAGAUACAGCGUAAAGAGAUGCAAGCAUCCAUGUUUUGACAAUGAACGAUGUGGUCAUGACAUCAUGCUUCUCAAACUGUUUAAGAAAGCUCGACUGGGCAAAAGAGUUCAACCAACUCAACUUCCCAAGACUGACAUUAAAAUAAAAGAUAAGGAAAAGUGCCAUGUCGCUGGAUGGGGUUGGACUCAAAGUCGUGGUAAAGUUGUUGUUGUACUGCAAGUGGUGGACGUGCCAUUUGUCAACCUGGAGGUCUGUAAGAAAGAAUGGGCUGCUAUUGGUGGUAAUCUUCCUGCCAAUGUUAUCUGUGCCGGUGGAUAUGGCACAAACAAAGGAUUCUGUCAGGGUGAUUCGGGUGGUCCUCUGGUGUGCAGUGGGAAGGCUGUUGGUGUUGUGUCUUUCAACAUGAGAAAAAACUGUGACUACCCAAAU